UUAAACCAAUAGUUUAAGGAUAUUUUACUUUUUAAUGAAUAUCAUUUUUGUGACUUUCUCCUUUUAAUGCUAUUUUUAAGACAAAAACUCAAAAAUUACUAUUAUUGACAAUUGCCCAAAAAUAAAAGACGUCGCUUGUUAACGCCGUCGAUGGCUUCUUCUUCUUCAUCGCCCACAGAGAAGAUGGAAGCUGCGUUUGUCUUGAGUCUCCGAUUCUAUGCUUUCAAAUCGAAUUUCGAUUUCUUCUCCAAGCCAAAUCAAGCCAUGUACGUCCAGUUCUAAUUCCAUCUCUUCAUGUAUUAUCCAUUAUUCUAAUAUACAUUAAUUCGCCUUCUUUGAUAAAGCUUUAGAACGUGUUGAGUAACUUGUUUCGCUUAAUUUAAGUUUGCCUUAAUGAGUUCUAUAUACGAUGACCACUAAUAAGAUAAAUAUGGAUCCAUCAUCAUGUUUAGAUUGGAGUUCUCUCUUUGAAAAAACCCUUUGCUCUGUCUUUACAAGGUGUGUUCGUUUUGUUUCAGGGACCGAGGAAAAAGAUACUUCUUGCGUUGUGGAUAGAUUUGUUUUGUUGCUUAUGCAAUUCUCUUUAUCAUUGUCCUUUUUUCUUUCUCAAUUGUAUUUCAAGAGACAAAAGUAGGCGAGAUUUUUGAUAUUAAGACAGUUGUUGUUUUUUUUUUUUUUUGAAAAACUAUUAAGACAGUUGUUGUAACACAAAGAAAAGCAUUGAUAUUGAAUGAUUGAAAAGGAAUCUUGGAAUGUAAAAAAAAAGUGUUUUGAGCUUCGGAUCCUGCUUCUCUUUGUUGAACCUUGGAUAAGCAAAGGGGACAAGAAGGCUUACAAACAAACCUGUUCUCCUUAGUAAUAAGGCAUCAUGGGUAGUGACUGAAGCUGGACACAUAGAUCAUGGCGGACCAAGCUUGGCUAUUAGCUUUCGAUUCUGGUCUAUAAUGAAAAUAAAGCAACAAUUAACACCAGCCACUUAGCUCAGUGGUAUAGCACGUUACUUUUAAUCCCGUGUCCACGUUCUAUAGCUUGUCCAUGACGUUACCACAAUGGCAAGCGUCAAUGAUUGCAUGGAGCUUGACUCAUUAGGCAAUAGGAAGAUGAGAAACCACGAGAUACCAAGAAACUGCUGGCAUCGUCUUUUAAAAACACAAGUCAUAAAAAGCUCGUUAUAUUUGUUUCUUAUAACACUGCAAUAUAUGAAUAACCAUAAUUUUGCAGAGUCGCAGCAUCGAUCAGCUAUUUAAAUCAUUUUAAAAUAACAAAGAAAAGACAGCUAACUUGGCUUCAUAUCUCGCAUCUACUUUCACCAGAAGACUGUUGUGCUUGUGCUUGACCACUGUCAGCAAAAUCCUUGAAGCCAUCAAGGUAUUAAAAAGUUCACUCACUUUAGAGUUGUUGAAGCGUAGUAGUGAAAAGCUACAUCAAAACAUAUAUCCUCAUAGAGACACUUGACUAUAUUUGUAACGUGUUUGUUUUGUUUCAGGGCUUGCAAACUUCUUAAGUCUUGUGCACAUUGUGUGUGCUUUUCUAAACUUAGAGCACCUCUCCAAUGGGGGUUCUUCCCAUUGGAGCUUUAAAAUAUGUAUUAUAUAUAUAUGUAUAUAUUAUAUAGAUAUAAGUAUUUGUGGGAUCCAUAAUUUUUGUGGAAUCCCAUAGGCAAAAGUUCUAAAAAUCCUAUUUUAAGAGCAGGUUUAUUGGUGUCUCUUAAAGAAGGGUUGUUAAGCAUAAUUACAAUCAAUAUACAAUACUAAAAGGGGAAUAAGGGCUCCCCUCAUGCUUCCACGUCGGAUCAUAAAAUCGGCCAAUAAGAAUGCAUCAAACUUCCACGUCAUUAAUGAGUUAAUUAGUUUUGUUUGGGCCUCCGUUGUUUUCGGUCCGUCUAUUCUGAAGUCUAAAGCCCAGAUUGAGCAACCGAAGGGCAGAUGUGUUACGCGAUGAAUGUCGACUUCCAUCUCUUCCAUUUCUCUCUUAUCCAGAUCCGUUUCGAUGAGUAAUUUUGCUACUAAUUCCUCUCAUCAAACCUGAGAUUGAACUCAUUCAAUGGAUUCCUUUCAUCUUCUUCUAAAAUUUUCUAUAUAUAGAACUCUUUUCAUAGCUUAUGUCUCCAUCAAAGUUCAUAAGAUUCUCUCAUUUACUCAUCACGAUGGACCCACCGGCAACUCUACCGUCUCCGGCGAACGCAAGCCCAUCAAGAAGACCGUCGCAACCUCCGCGACUGCGAAACCAAACGGGAAGUCCACUGCUUCUUCCGUGACUGUGAUGAAACCUAACGAGACGACUGCUGUUUCAUCCGCCAAUUCGAUGAACCCAAACGCUGUUACCGCUCAAUCUUCCGCGCAUGGCGAUCAAUUCGGUUUUUGUUUGUUGAUUGAUUUGAUUUUGAUUGGUUUUGAUUCUUUACACAGGUGGGAGCUGUGAAGCCGGAAGAUUCGAGUGCCUCAGGUGUGACUCAAAAGCCAUCUCCUCCGGUGGGAUCUCCAGCUCAAGGCUCUGUUGUUGUGGCACAAACCUCACCCGGUGCUUCAUCUGUUAGAUCUGUUCCUUCGACAAUCGUUAAAAAGAAACCAGAUGUUGUUCCAGCAAGGCAAACCACCAGUAUUUCAUUACGAGAUGAUUCUGAUGAUGAUGAUCUUGAUGGAGACAUGGAAACAGCUGAUAAUGGAGAUCCUACUGACGUUAAGCGUGCUAGGAGACAAACAUCACGUUCACGCGUUCAACUAAGAAACGAGUCAUCUCCAUCAUGGCAUCCUUGAAGAGUAGUUCACCAUUGAAGAGAAACACAUGGGUACGACGACCUUUUCGCAUUAGUGGAUUUACUAACAGAAAUGUUCAAAAAAUAUCACCAACCCCAAAAGCAGUUCGUGUUAUUGAACUUUGGCCCAUCAUAAGUGAAGCCAACGACUUGCACGGUACCGGUUUCCUAUGCUUUAGCUUGGAGGGUGAAACUCUAGAAGGGCAGCUAUCCAGACAGUUAUCAACUACAAAUCCUAACCUCUUAUCAGCAGUGGAUAUAUAUCAGCUCUCAGAUUAUAUGGUCAUCCCGAAUAAUCGCAGACACAAGCUGACUCCGCAGCCGUUCUUUAUUCGUAUCAACCGUGAAGCGAGUGUGAUAAAAUUAGAACACACGAUCUCAGGCUUUCCUGCACAGAAAUUCUCUUCUCUCAACUUCAUGCAGCUAAUAGACUCAGCAACUGCACGCACAUACCUUCCAGAUGUAGUAGGCCAGAUACUUAUCAUGCAAGAUGACUACCCCCACUACCCGGAAUAUCAAACGAAGCUGAUAAUUGGUUUGCGUAUAAACGGAUGGAUGAUGGUGAAGCUAACGCUAUGGGGAAACGAAGCAUCUCUUUUCCGGCAACUACAAGCCAUGAGCCAUCGGAAGUACAAAGUUGUUUUAGUAACAAGCAUUAUACCAAGUAUAUGUAAAGGGAAACUCUUGCUAGCUUCAUCAUCCGCAACUCAGUUUUUCUUUGAUGAAAAUAUCAAGCACAUCAGUGGCUUCAGAAGCAAAAUAAGCAUUGGUGGGGAAUAGCUAAUGACGUCGAUCCAGAGAUUUGAACGUGUUCUACGCAUUGAGUGUAGAACGUCCAGGAAUAUACUCUGCUCCUGAAUGCUUUCGUGCUGUUCAAUUGUUGGCCGUAUUUAGACAUUCGCUAAUGCUUCCCAUUCAGUGUUUUUUUUUAAAUCUUUCAAUCAAUUUUAUAUUUAUUACACCUUUAUAAAGGAUACAUUUCUAAUAUAAGCUACGAUAGCAAUCGAUUGAUCUGUA